CUAUUCACAUCUCCUCUCUUCUCUUCCCUGUAUUAACUUUUCCUGUCAAAUUCCCAACGACCCUCUUCCCACAUUCAUUUAUUAUAGUGGUGGUACUCUCACAUGGCAGUAGUCAUUACAUCCUCCUCCCAGCAAAGAAAACAACAACAACAAACUUACAUAUACUAUUCCCCCUAUAGCUUGUAGAUCUUACACCACAAUGAAGAAAAACCUAGCAACAGAAACUUAACAACAUUUCUAUCUUCUAGUCUUUGUUUUCAUUCUUUAUUUUUCUUCCUUCUUUCUCUAUAAAAAUCUUCAUCUUCUUCUCUUCAUUCUACCACUACUACCCAUCUCUACCUAGAUAUAUAGAUCUCUCCUGCAGUGACCACAUCUCACAAACAACAUUAUUGCAUAAAGUUAUAAAGAGUUAUACUUCAAGCAACAAUCACAAGAUUCACAACAGCAAGAUCAUAAUCUAGCUCAUCCAUGGAUACUUCUACUAUGUUCUUAAUCUUCUCUACUUCAUUCAUAACAGUGAUAGUUUCUUACACAAUUUGGUUCAAUCUGAUCAAACGUUCGUUAAAAGGUCCACGAGUAUGGCCAUUGUUGGGAAGCUUACCAGGUUUAAUAGAAAACCAUGAUCGUUUACAUGAUUGGAUUACUGAGAAUCUACGUAAAUGUGGUGGUACAUAUCAAACAUGCAUCUGUGCAGUGCCGUUUUUAGCUCGGAAACAAGGAUUAGUAACGGUUACAAGCGAUCCGAAGAAUAUAGAACAUAUUUUGAAGAGCCGGUUUGAGAAUUAUCCUAAAGGACCAACUUGGCAAUCUGUGUUUCAUGAUCUACUUGGAGAAGGGAUCUUCAAUUCUGAUGGUGAUACAUGGUUAUUUCAGAGGAAAACAGCUGCAUUAGAGUUCACUACACGUACACUCCGACAAGCUAUGGCUCGGUGGCUAAAUCAGACUAUCAAAUUCGGGUUCUGUCCGAUUCUUAAAGCGGCUCAGCUCGAAUGUAGACCAGUCGAUCUUCAAGAUCUUCUUCUCCGGCUAACGUUUGAUAAUAUAUGCGGGCUCAUAGUCGGAAGAGAUCCACAAACAUUGACGGCUGGGUUACCGGAGAAUCGGUUUGCUACGGCGUUCGAUCGAGCUACUGAAGCCACACUUCAGCGUUUUGUGUUACCUAAAGUUGUUUGGCAGCUAAGGAAAUGGCUCCGGCUCGGAAUGGAAGUCACAUUGAGUCAAAGCCUUGACCACAUCGACGAAUAUCUAUCCAACGUCAUCAAGACACGUAAGCUGGAAUUGCUGAGUAAGCCAGGAAGUGGGGCCACAGCUCAACAUGACGAUUUGCUAUCAAGGUUUAUGAAGAAGAAAGAAUCCUACUCAGAGUCAUUCCUCCAACACGUGGCACUCAAUUUCAUCCUAGCUGGACGUGACACGUCAUCAGUUGCCCUUAGCUGGUUCUUUUGGUUGUGUAUCCAAAACCCUAGAGUUGAAGAGAAGAUCCUCAAUGAAAUCUGCACCGUUCUGAUUGAGACACGUGGUGAUGAUACAACAAAAUGGACGGAUGAACCCUUGGGGUUUGAGGAGAAUGACCGUCUGGUCUACUUGAAAGCAGCAUUGUCUGAGACCCUCCGGCUAUAUCCUUCCGUUCCCGAGGACUCGAAACACGUAGCUGUCGACGACGUAUUACCUGAUGGCACAUUUGUACCAGCAGGAUCCGCGGUCACUUAUUCGAUAUACUCCACCGGCCGGAUGGAAUCAACAUGGGGUGAAGAUUGUUUAGAGUUCAAGCCAGAGAGGUGGUUGUCUAAAGAUGAGAAGCAAUUUGAAGCAAAGGAUCAAUUCAGAUUUGUAUCCUUCAAUGCUGGUCCAAGAAUUUGCUUAGGGAAAGAUUUGGCUUAUUUACAGAUGAAAUCUGUUGCUGCAGCUGUAUUGUUACGACACAAGCUCACAAUAGCAGAAGGGCACAAAGUGGAACAGAAAAUGUCAUUGACUUUGUUCAUGAAAUAUGGACUGAAAGUCAAUGUGCAUCGCAGAGAUCUGACAGAUGUCCCAGCACAGCUACGUGAAAAGGGUUUUGAUAUAUAUAUAAGAUGAAUACAAGGAGGUUGCUAGAAUAAUUAAACGUAAAGAGAAAGGGCUGAAGCUCGAGGCCGAUUAGAGUUAUAAUAAUUCUACGUAUACCCCAAGUCGCUACUUCUUUCGUAUACAUCAAUGUUCCUGCUUGUUGGUUCUCCUGAAACAACAAUUUAUAGAUUUCUUAUUGAUAUAAUUUAUUUUUUUCGAAGAUAAUUAUUGGAAUAAUUAUGAUUCAGUCAGUUUAAUUAACAGAUUCCUAUUUUUCUAGCAAA